AUGGGGUCAGUUUCUUGGAACAAGCAGCCAAAAUAUUACCUGUAUGUCACUGAGCACAGCAGCUGCAACACUGAAGAGAGGAGAGAGAGAGAGAGAGAGAGAGAGAUGGUAGAAAUAAAUCUGAUGGUGUGGAGUGCUUUGAAGGAGGGACAACAAAAUUGCAUUAAUAGUAAUCCAAACAGCUGCAGUUUGAGUGCUGCAAGAAAGAGGGGAUUGGUUUGCGUGACAAGUGGGAAUUCUUACCUGGCUUCCCACAUUGUGAAGGAGCUCUUGGCUCAUGCUUACUCUGUUCGUGUCACCAUCCAAUACCAAGUGGAUUUUGAUGACAUGAGAGAGCUGAUAGGAGAUGAAGAGAUAGAUCAACUAGAAAGUGUUGUGGUAGCAAACAUGGGAGAUGUGGACAGUCUCAGUGAUGCUUUUAGAGGUUGUCAUGCCAUUUUUCACACCUCCUCUUUUGUUGAUCCUCAUGGGAUCUCUGGUUAUUCUGAAUGGAUGGCAGUUCUUGAGGCUGAAGGGGCAAAGAAUGUCAUUGAAGCUUGUGGUAGAGCUGCAUAUAUAAAGAGAUGUAUCUUUACCUCCUCUCUUCUUGCCUCUAUCUGGAAUUGUGACAAUGUAGACAGGGUUGUUGAUGAGACUGCCUGGAGUGAUGAAGACUUCUGCAGAGAAAACAGGCUUUGGCUUGCCUUGGGGAAGACGAUGGCAGAGAAGGCUGCCUGGAGCAAGUCUGAAGAAAUGGAAGUGGAGCUUGUUACAGUCUGCCCUGGAUUACUCAUGGCCCCCUCUUUCCCAAAUGCUCACAGAGAAACCUCUAUACCAUACCUUAAAGGUGGCCAGAUCAUGCUACAACGAGGAGCCCUGGCUAUUGUUGAUGCUAAGAAGGUGGCAGCGGCACAUGUCCACGUUUACGAAGCUAUGGAUUGCGGAGCUUGCGGAAGAUACUUCUGCUUCCAAAGAGUGGUGCGAAGAUUGGACGACGCCAUUGAAGUAGAAAAUGGGUUGAACAUGCAUGGCUUAUUAUCAGAUUCAGGAGGAAGACAGCAGCUAGUCUUACCAGAAGGAUCAGGAGACCAAGAAAUAGAUAGCAAUCUUGAUAACUCCAAGCUUUCUAAACUCAUAUUACAAGCUUCUCAAAGCUUAUCUUGCAAACAGUGUUGCAAAUUCUCAUGGUCAUGAGAAAAAACAUUCUGGAACAAACUUCACUUAUUAGCCCGGUUUUUCAUCGUUUUUGUAAUUGUACCCUUCAACUUUUAAAAGUGUCAAUUUAGGGUUACUAUCUUCCAGAAAUUUGCAAUGUUAAUCAUCAUGUC